CAAAUUAAUGCAAAAUUUUGAGACUGUAGAGGUAGUAAAUCCAACAGUUGAUUAUUUAAUGACAAAAUGUGGAUAAAAUCUUUAUGAGCAUUACUUAUGUGAAAAAGAACCUGGAUAUAAUUGUGAAGUUUUAGCAAAUUGGCAAUGUGGAGUUGUAUAAUAGGAAUUUUUAGUAUGUAAAAUAAAUAACAAUAAAAGCCAUUCGAUCAUGGUGAAUCAAAAUAUGCGAUAUUGAAUAAAUGGAUAGAUGAGGAUGAACCUGUAAUUAAUUAUAUAAAAAGUUAUAGCAUUUUAAAACGAUUGAUAAUAUGACUGCAAAGGGAGUGAAAAUGAUGAGAAUAUAAUAGCCAUCAACAGGAUAAGAAACAUUUGAUGAUGCUAGAUCAUAGAAAAGUUAGUCUUCAUCUAGAUUUUCUAGAGGUUCAAUAGCAAAAUUUUAAAAUUCUGUAAGUAAAAUGAAACUUAUAAAUAAAUUGGGUGGAUCUUCUCAAUAGAUGACAACAUAUUAAACGACAAUCGAAGAAGAAUAUAAACCAAAUUUAAUAAAAAUGCCAGAAGCUAAAAAACCUCCAACUCCAGAUGCUAUUAUAGAAAGACUUCGUGAAUAGAGAGAAUAUUAAACAUUAGAUAAAUAGAAAGAGAAUGAAAGAAUGCGUAAAAUAAAAGAGGAUUAAAUUGAAUAAGAGGAGAAAAAGAAAGAGUAGAUGAAAUAAUUGAAAAAUAAAUAGUAUACAUAUGACUAUGAUGGUUAAGUAGUUUUUCUUACAACAAAGUAUGUAUAUAUGUAUAUAAAUUAAUAGGCCAAUAGAUUUAUAAAUAAAUGAAAUAUUAUAACCAGAGACAAAAACUAAUUAGCCUUAGAGAGUGAUGAAAGAGGUAAAUUCAUAACCUGAAAUUAAACCAGUUAAAGAGGCAUUUGCAAAAGGAGAAGAAGAUAAUAGAAAAUUAGAAAAAGCAGCAGCUGUUGAAUAUCCAAAAUAACCACCUUUAAUAGAAGCCAUGAAGGUUAUAUGAAUAGUUAUUCUAGUCUAAAUAAGGUACAAAUAUCAUUUUUGAUAAUGGAUAUAUAAAAGAAGGAGGUGACUAUAAAAUUCCUGAUAGAAUGAGUAAAAGAGAUUAUUAAACUAUGGUUUUUGGUUUAUAAUAAAAAAACAAAAAGUAAUUUGAAGAUUAAGAAGAUGGUGUUGUUGAAGAUAUGGAUACAUACGAAUAAAAAUUAUUUGAUGCUAUCAAUCAUGAAGGUGAUAGAAAUAUUAAAAUUUAAAAUGAAUAACAUUUUAAAUGGAUGAUGGAAGAUGAAGAUAUUAAAAAAUCUUAUAGAUCUUCUUCAGCAGACUCAGCUAAUGCAAAGAGUAUUUAUGAAAGUAAAAAACAAUCUAAAAAACAAACCAAAGAAAAAGAAAAGAUUAGUCCAAAGAAAUUAAAAUCUUAAUUUGAUAGAAUUAAUGCUUAUAAAAAUUGUAACACCUUUUUCUAAACAUUUAGUUGACGAUAUGAAAAAACCUUAAAAUCUCAAAGCUAGUAAAUUACAUAAAGUUUUGAAUGAAUUUGAUUCCAAAUUACAAAGUCCAAAAUGGGGUUAUACUGAAGAUAAAGAAUUACCUUUACCAAAUUCAACUAUUUAUAAAUUAAAACAUAAAUCUGAAAGUUAAUCUAAAUUACCACCUCUGAAAUAAAAAGGAAAAACUUGAG